CACUCGGGGCAGUCCCGGGCGGGGGGGCCGGGCCCCUAUAAAGCCGCGGGGCCUGUACUGCUCCUGCUCCGCCUCCCGCUCCUCCAGCUCCUGCUGCCCGCGGUGAUGCUGCGGCUCCUCCUGCUCCUGCCGCUCCUCAGCGCGGCCGGCACCCUGCCCACCCCGCUCCGCCGCCACCGGAGCGCCUCGUUGCUCGUCGGCCCCUACCUGACGCGCUACCUGAGCCAGCAGAUUGAUCACUUUGGAUUUGAUGAAAAUCGUACGUUCCAGCAGCGGUACCUGGUAGCAGAUCAGUACUGGAAGAAGGGCAAUGGACCAAUACUGUUUUAUACAGGCAAUGAAGGAGACAUCGAGUGGUUCUGCAACAACACGGGUUUUAUGUGGGAUGUGGCUGAAGAACUUAAUGCCAUGUUGGUAUUUGCUGAACAUAGAUACUAUGGAGAAUCUUUGCCCUUUGGGAAUGAGUCUUUCAGCGAUUCCAAGCAUCUCAAUUACCUGACCUCAGAACAAGCUCUGGCAGACUUUGCAGUACUUGUUGAGUACUUAAAGACAACCAUUGCAGGAGCCCAGCACAGUCCAGUCAUAGCUAUUGGAGGGUCUUAUGGAGGAAUGCUUGCAGCCUGGUUUAGGAUGAAGUAUCCCCAUGUGGUGGUUGGAGCUCUGGCAGCCUCUGCCCCAAUCUGGCAGUUUGGUGAUCUGGUUCCAUGUGGCACAUUUUUCAGCAUAGUGACCAAUGAUUUCAAAAAGAGUGGUAUGGGCUGCUCAGAGAGCAUCCGGAAUUCCUGGAAUGCUAUUAACCACCUUUCCUCAACAGAUGCAGGUUUGCAGUGGCUUUCCAACGCAUUUCAUUUGUGCAGCCCCUUAAAAACUCUUCAGGAUGCUGCUGUAUUGAAAAAUUGGCUGAGUGAAACAUGGGUAAACUUGGCUAUGGUGAAUUAUCCCUAUAAAGCUGACUUCUUACAGCCUCUGCCAGCUUGGCCUAUACAGGAAGUCUGCAAGUUCUUGAAGGAUCCAAGUCUCUCUGACAAAUUAUUGCUGCAGAAUGUUUUCCAGGCAGUAAAUUUAUAUUACAAUUAUACAGGAGAAGUCUCAUGCUUAGAUGUGUCGCAGACUGCAACAAAGAGUCUGGGUGAAAUGGGUUGGUACUACCAGGCUUGCACUGAGAUGGUGAUGCCCUUAUGCACAGAUGGUGUCCAUGACAUGUUUGAGCCUCAGAAGUGGGACUUUGAUGCACUUUCAGAAGAGUGUUACAGGAUGUGGGGAGUGAGGCCUCGCCUCUCUUGGAUCCUUUCUAUGUAUGGAGGAAAAAACAUCAGUUCACACAGCAACAUCAUCUUCAGCAAUGGUGGCCUGGAUCCGUGGUCUGCAGGUGGGGUGACCCAGAACAUCACCAAUUCCCUCGUGGCAGUUGUGAUCCCAGAUGGAGCCCAUCACCUGGACCUACGCAGCCGUAACCCUUUGGACCCCAAGUCUGUACAGCAGGCUCGAGCCAUGGAGAUCUGCCUCAUGAAGGAGUGGAUUGAAAAGGCCAGGCACAGCCACUGAAGUGGUACUGCACCAACUGUGGCCAUUACACCUCUCUUGGCCUUGCUGAGAGCAGGACCAGGCCUUGUGAUAUGGUCACUGGAGCAUUUCCCUCCUGCUUCCUCACCUGCACUGCAGUGGUCACCAUUAUCCAUGAAAGAGGCAGGCAGCAGAUGGAUGGAGAGCAUUCUCAGAUGAUAAACUCCAGUCAAAGUGCAUGGAUUGAGCUGCCUGCUCUGGUUUGCUUUCCUCUUCUGCUCUGCUCAAAUGCUGUACUUUACUACACAGUAAUGGGUUCCUGUUCUAGGCUUGUUGCCCUUCUUCUCACUGCACUGAUUAUUCCAACAGUGGAUUGCAUGGGAGUGCUGUUGAUGGUGAAACUCCUGCUGCCUCCAGUGUGGUUGAAUUUCAAACAUCCUCUGGUACUGGAGAUAAUGAGUGAACAGAAAUCACAUCUUUCUGUGAUGUUUGGUGGAGAGGUAGGCAAGGCCUGGGUAAACUGGCUGUACUGUUUGUAAGGAAACUAAACAGCCCUUACCCUUUUGGAAUCAGUGUUGGAGAAUAAAUAAAUAUACAACUUUUUUUCUACCUAGUUUUCCAGAAGCUUAUUAAUUGGCACAUUUUUGUAUUCUGUGCUGUACUGAAUGGUCAGGGCUGGGCCCAGACUCACUCUGCUGAUAACUGGCUGAGCAUGCAGAAUCUGCAUCAGGAUUCUAUUUCUUCUUUUGCUAUGAGUCCUAAUUCUGAGAUACCUGUCAAUAUCUGUGAUGAUGGUUACCAAAGAAAACUGAGCGUAUUUUGUGUGUGUGUAUGUUUGUACCCCUCACAAACACAUAGCUUUUUAAAAUCAGAAAGCUUUUGAAGCUAUUCCCUUGAAGAGCAAAUGUGACACUUGUGCUGGCUACAUCUUAUGAAGUGACAAAUAAUUGGGGCUGUGCCUUGUGUGGGUUCUUCCCUCCCUUCCAUUCUGUGUAUUGUUCAAAUUCUGCAUGAUCUGUUUGCUGAUGGCUCUUCAAUAAAAGCCUUUUAAAAAAGAAAAUGUUUGCUGGACAAACUAUUGAAAACACAGAAUGCAGCUAUUCCCUUGGAUCAGCCUAAAGUCUGAUGCUGAGCUCACCAAGCCAGGUGCACUGGGCUUUCUGUAAGGCUUCCAAACCAGACAAACUGCCCUGAUUCAUGAGACAGCAUAUUUGACAUUAAUAAAUGGCUGGGGCAGUCCCCUUGUUUUCCAGCUUUGACUUCAUUCACACUGCAGUCCUUCUUCAGAAAGGAUUCUUUGCAGUUUAAAGGACAACUCAAUUUUAGAAUGACUCAGGCAAGCCUUCAUGUCCCCAGACUCUUAAAAUUCCAUCUCUGUUGAAAAGUUCUCCCAGCUUUGAUGAUAUGCCUGAUAGUUGAGUAUUUUCCUAAGAUCCCAGGUGGCCUUUUCUGUUUCCAGUCUCCUCCUGUCCUCUGGGAACAAAGAGAACCCAACACUGAAUUUUUAUCUUUUCAAACACUCCUGUGUAUCUUCUUUCCAACAGAUUGUCUUUUUCCUCAUCUAGUGUUAAACAUGGCAUUUAUGUUCAGACUCUGCAGUCUGAACAUCUUAUACUUUUGAGCAAGGUAAUUUCUUAGAUACUCCAGAGAACAAGGCCAGGUAAGAACUACAGGGUUAAAGGGUGUAGGAUUUGCCUGAAACCUGUUGACUGAAAACUGUUGGUGUUUGUUUUCCAAUAGUUCCAGUUUUUGCUGUAAAUACACUCUAGACUCUCACUCAUGGACUUUAUAACAUGUCCUUUAUUCUUUUGAAAUCAGUAAAAUCUAUUGUUUUUUAAUCAAUUGUGUUACAGCAAAGUUUUUAGGAAUACAGUCGUGUCUUCUUACACAUUAAUUGAUGUGUGGCAAUGUCCUGGUUUACUGCAGGGCAUGGAAUGAAACCUGUAAGAGUUAAUAUAAAUUUGGGGAUCAAAAAUUAUUUAAUUGAGCAAGCAAGAUCCUGGUGCAAUUGCUCUGAUUAGCCCACUGAUUGCUCAGGGUGCUACUCCAAGUGAAAAUUUUGGGAUAAGCAUUUACAUAAAGAUGUGAACAGCCGAAAUUAACAGCUACUCUAUAUUAUUAGUCAGCUUGUGUCUCCUCUCUCUCCCUUGCUAGUGAACUUACUGUCUCAGGAAACAGCUGCUGCUUUGUUGUAUGGAAAACACUUUUUAAUUUCAAGCAGCAAUUUCAUUCUUCUUUCUCUUUUCAUUCGUUUCAUUAGCAAAAAAAAAGUUACUUUCAGCAACAUUUAGGGUAACAUGCAAUUUCUCAACUUCAAGUUUUGUGAAAAGACACUUAAAAAAUAUUUUCAGAGGAAUUUUGUUUGUGUUUUUUGUUUAUUUGGGGGAGGGGGGAUGUUAAUAAUCUUACUAUUCCAUACAGUUUCUUUCUGUGAGACUGAUUCAAGUGUACUUUGGAUCAGGUUCUUAUUGGUUGGACCAGCUUAUGAAUUAUGUGACUUGUUUUUAUGGUAUUUUUGAUUUUACUUUUUUUCUCGUCAAGCUGAGUAGUCAAAACUUUAGGUCUUAUUUAUCUCAAACAUUCAGACUUCAUCUUAUGAUCCAUGUACACAUCUGUGAAUGUUACAGAGGGACUGUCUUGUGGUUUGGCUACCUCAUCUAAAUGUUGGCUCUCCUGUGUGUUUCAUACAGGAGAGAAUGAGUUGGGCCAUAACAAAUGGUUGAUUUGUCUUUUCAGGCAUAUGGUGAUGGGCCAUACUUCAUCUCAGGCUUAUGUGGGUCCUUGUCUUGUGUUAGAAAUUACAGGAAUUGAAGACUGUAUGUUUCCUACUCACUGGGGAAAAUGCAGAGAGAAAAAGAGUUAAUAUUUUCCCCAAAGCAUGAAUCUUAUUGGUGAGCCUGCAGUUUGCAUCAAUAAAAAUGCAUUAAAAUAA